AAGCAAUGUUGUCUAAUAAACCUCCUAAAAAAAAGAAGCAACAGUUAAAAAGCUCUGAUAUUACUGCUCCGGGUGAUAAUUAUGAAUAUAGGUAUUCUGGCGUGGUUGCUUCUUCCAAUACUGCCAUAUCAAAGUAUACGAAUUAUACAAAUGCAAAAACUGUCAAGACCCUUGUGGCUAAACAAAAGGAGAUAGUAGAAACUUUGACAACUCAGCAAAAUAAAUCAAUACAAAAAUUGAAUAAUGAUAAUGCGAACCUUAUUAAAUCUAUAAGUAAUGAUCAGAAAAAAACUGUAAAAAAUUUGACUAAUUCACAUGAGAAGACUAUCAAGAAUCUAAGCAAUAAUCAUAAAGAAGUCAUUAAUAAUUUAAGCGAUAACCAAACAAAGGUGGUAAUGGGUUUGAGCAAAAAUCAUGCUAAUAUUGUAAAAACUAUGAACAAUAAUGAGGUAAAAAAAUCAAAAGAUACGCAUGAUGCAUAUGGAAAGGUUAUUAACUCCAUGUAG